GCACUUCACGAGCCGAUCGACAAAAGGCCACCGAUUUGAAACAAAUGUAAGUCUGGGCAUCUCCAGCUGUGAUUAUCGUGAAACAGCGUAUAUAAAGUGAAGUAUCUAUCCUGUUCAAUAAAAGCACGGCAUACAGGAACUAUGCUUUGAAUAACAUUUAAAAAUUGAUUUAUUAACACAGUCGUCACUGUCAUGAGACCAACACUUAUGUAACAUUUUUGUUUGUGAAAUAACAUUAUCAGUGAUAGUAAUUAGACGUUUACCUGUAAUAGAAGGUAACCUAUCUCCACUAAUACAAAAUGUUAAGACGCUGCUCAAAACAGCUACAGACCAUAUACCGGAGACAAGGGCAGAGUCUCCGUUAUAGAUCCAACGAAGUGCCCAAGACCUUCGCUCUGCCCAGAGUGGCUGCUAAACACCAACCACGGGUCCUAACAGCACAUAGCCAAGUUGCCUCCUUCCAUUUCACCAGCACGUUGUACGAAGAACAGGAUGUCAAGACUCCUAGCUUCCCCGACUCAGUCUCCGAAGGAGACGUGAAGCUAGACAAAAAGGUCGGCGACAGCGUGGCCGCGGACGAAGUCGUACUCGAAAUUGAGACUGACAAAACCGCAAUACCAGUUAUGGCUCCGGGGCAUGGUGUUAUAAAAGAAAUAUAUGUGAAAGAUGGUGAAACGGUCAAAGCUGGACAGAAGCUGUUCAGAUUGGACAUCACCGGCGAAGCGCCCGCUAAAGCUGAGAAGCCCGCUGCAGCUCCUGAGCCUCCCAAAGAGACCGCGGCCCCGUCUCCUCCGCCAGCGGCUUCUGAAGCCCCGCCAUCGCCGCCGCCGAAAGCCGCCGCACCGCCACCGCAAUCGCCCCCUCCCCCGCCCCCUAAACCAUCCACUCCACCCCCUGCCGCGCCUGUGUCCUCAAUCCCCGUAGCAGCCAUCCGGCACGCGCAAUCAAUCGAGACUGCAACAGUGAAGGUCCCGCCAGCGGACUACAGUAAGGAAAUGGCGGGCACACGCACCGAACAGCGCGUCAAGAUGAACCGCAUGCGACAGCGCAUCGCGCAGCGACUGAAAGACGCACAGAACACCAACGCCAUGCUGACCACCUUCAACGAAAUCGACAUGUCCAACAUUAUGGCAUUCCGCAAAAAGUACCUCGAUGCUUUUACAAAGAAACAUGGUUUGAAACUGGGCUUGAUGUCGCCUUUCGUCAAAGCCGCCGCGAACGCGCUCAUGGACCAGCCAGUUGUCAACGCUGUUAUCGAAGAGAAUGAGAUUAUUUACCGGGAUUAUGUGGAUAUCUCUGUAGCGGUCGCAACGCCUAAAGGCCUCGUGGUACCAGUCAUCAGAAACGUCCAGGACAUGACGUAUGCCGACAUAGAAUUGACGGUCGCAGGGUUAGCGGAAAAAGCGCGACUCGGCAAAUUGACAAUUGAGGAAAUGGAUGGAGGCACUUUCACAAUCAGUAAUGGGGGAGUGUUCGGUUCUCUGAUGGGCACACCAAUAAUAAACCCACCUCAGUCGGCCAUCUUGGGAAUGCACGGGAUAUUCGAGCGUCCGGUUGCGUUGAACGGCCAGGUCGUCAUCAGACCCAUGAUGUAUAUCGCCCUGACAUACGACCAUAGAUUAAUUGAUGGCCGCGAAGCGGUUAUGUUCCUCAGAAAGAUCAAAGAAGGUGUCGAAGAACCAGCCACAAUCAUCGCUGGGCUCUAAGUUUAGGAAGUACUGCGCUACAUUUUAAUACAGAAUCACAGACAUGUGUUGAGAUAGAUAGAUAGCCUUAAAGAGUACUAGUUUGCGUGCUGAAAAAGUGUCAGACGUCAUAGGAAUAUUUAAAAAAUGACAAAUUAUGCUAUAUAUUAGCUGUAAAAACUAUUUUUAAUUGGGUCCGCGUGUACGCGGUGUUAACAUCACUAAAAAUUGACGUCUUAGUAGGUAUUAUAAAAAUGGCACGCUUGGGUCUCAUGCAGCUGGUCGAAGUGAGAUCAUGAUAGAUUAUAUCUCAAUAUAUGUCUGUGUAUAGAACGUUACCAAACACGAAAAUUCCACUUGAGACACAAUUAUGUGCAAGUUUUAUCAAUACAUAUAUUAUACUGAAUUCUUGGAGAAAAUAAUAUUGAAGUGAUCGUGUGAGUUAAAAGAAUCUGUAUUAAUUGUUGAAUAUUAAGUUUAUUUUUAGCAUUGAAGCAAAGUAUUUUUGUGUCGAUCUUUUUUUUUUAUUAUUUAUUUAAUACGUGCGUUUGUACGUAUAUAUUAUUUAACGUGUUUAAGUUAUAAUAAAUGCAAGUACAUUUCCUUUAUGUGACAUCUAACGGUUGUUUUAUUUUAUUUUUUCGAUUUUUUACGAGUGUGUGAAGGUAACUUGCUUAUAAACACUGGAACCGAUCUUUGGGAAAAAUAAAUCAUAAAUUGUAGUAAGA